AUGAAUCACAAGAUCUCUCCUGACAGAAGCAUCAACAUCUUCCACUGUCUGACGGAGAUGAACGACCACUCAGUACAUCAGGAGAUCCAAGAGUUCCUGAAGUCAGAGAACAGAUCAGAGAAGAAACUCUCUGUGUUUGGCUGCUCAGCUCUGGCCUACAUGCUGCAGAUGUCAGAGGAGGUUCUGGAUGAGUUGGACCUGAAGAAGUACAACACAUCAUUGGAGGGACGACUGAGACUGAUUCCAGCUGUGAGGAACUGCAGAAAGUUUCGACUUUCUUACUGUGGACUCUCAGAGACUCACUGUGAAGUUAUGGCCUCAGCUCUGAAGUCCAACUCCUCCCAUCUGAGAGAGCUGGACCUGAGUAACAACGAUCUGCAGGAUUCAGACGUGAAGCUGCUGUCUGCUGGACUGCAGAGUCCACUCUGUAGACUGGAGACUCUGAGAUUGUGGCGCUGCAGUUUGUCUGAGAUCAGCUAUGCUUCUCUGGUCUCAGCUCUGAAGUCCAACCCCUCCCAUCUGAGAGAGCUGGACCUGGGUAGCAACGAGCUGCAGGAUUCAGGA